UGCUGAGGCCCAGCCCUUCCUUCGCUGCCUCCUCAGCUGUCAGCUGGAGGCCACAGGCAGCCUAGGGGCCUUCCGCAAGCUGGAGAAGAUUUUGGCCACGUUGGCUGCAGGCGGAGAGAGCAUGGUGUCUGAGGAAGUGGCCAGGAUGCUGGGCAGCUUGACCCAAGGCCAGCAGGCCCUGGCUCUGGGAGAUCUUCGCACAGUGUGCCUAUUUCUGGAGGAGAGCACCCUGGCCAGAGAACACUGGAGACGCGCCCUGAAUCCCCUGCUGGGCAGUGCCGCCUCCACGCUGGCCUCUGUGUUAGAGGAGCCUGCCACAGGACCCUCAGAGCGGGCCUGCCACGCGGUGAAGCUGGCCCUCCAGCUUUUCCAAACCAUGCCGGGGGAGGUGGGUGUCCUGCUCUGGAGUCCAGCGGGCAACAUGGAAGCCCUGGCAAGCAUUCUUCAGUCGCUGGUGCAAGUCAUCAUGGGAAAGGUGGCCAACAAGGAUGCCCGCCUUCUGGCGGGCACGGCCCUAGGCAUGCUGGUGAACACUGCUCCCACCCUAGAGGCAGGAGCCAGGGCUGUGUCUGAGCUGCUGGGGCUGCUCAGCCCAGACCCUGGGGAGCAGACGCUUGGGGGACUCCAAUUGGCUGUGCCCCCUGUGAACACUGACGGGCUGGAGUACCUGGUGCUAAGCCGAGGCCUUCUGACCUCCUGUAGGAGGGAGAUCCUGACCUUCAGGCCUCCUGGUGGGAAGGCCUGCCUGCUGCUCAGAGACCUGAUGCCCCUCAUUGGCCCAGGCUGGAGUGAGAAGAACAUGGACUACCGGGCCUCCCUCCUGCAAGCUUUCUCCCUGUGGCUGCGGCGGGUACGUGAAAGCGCCCCGGGCAUCUGGACUGGGCGACUGCUGAGCGGGGCCUCCCUGGGGGCCCAGCAGCUGACUCAGUUCAUCUGGAGCAACACCAAGAGCCCGCUGGAAGGCCUGUCUGAGGCCACCCUGCGCUCCUUCAGCCUCUUUCUGGAGCUCUAUGGGAAGGAGUGUGAAUACCUCGGAAAUGAUGCAGAGCGGCCUCUCUAUGAUGAGUUCCUGGAGAGGGUCCGGGCUCUGCCCUGGCCAACCAAGGCCCGUUACCCAGCCCUCUGUGCCCUGCUGCCCUUUCUGGGCUCUGAAAGAGUCCUGGCUGUGCUCCCGGAGCUCCCAAAGCACCUCUUGUUCUGCCUCUCCACCAAUCCCCUGAGUCCCCCAGCAGCCGACACAUACUGCUGCUUCCUCCGGGCCCAGCGGGGAGAGUGGGCCACUGCGGAGGCGGGGGCCAGCGAGGGGGCGCUGGCUGAGCGGUGGGCCCGGCACUGGCUGCCCGCUGUGGCUGAGGCCCUCCAGUCCCCGGUGGUGGCCCUACAGGCCCGGGCAGCCAGCUCCCUGCUGCCUCUCACCCUCCAGCUCUUCCCGGCCUCUGCUGGACUCCUGGAGAAGGCUUUUGCAGGCCCAGGGCUGGCCUGCCUGCGGGGGUGGGCAGCCCUGCAGAAGACUCGAAAGGAGCUGGGCCAGGGCCCCCCAGCAGUCAGCCAGAACCCAGGCCGCCUUGCCACGUGCCUGGCAUGUGGGGAUGAGGCUGUGCGCCUGGCGGGGGCCAGCCUCUUGUGUGGGGGGCCUGGCUCUGCCCAGGCCCCUGGCGCGAAGGAGCUGGCCGUCGUCCAGGACUUCCUAUGGCUGAACCUCAGUGGCUCAUCAGCAUCCUUCCGGCAGCUGCUGCAGGCAACUGUGAGCAGGCUCCUCGGCCGACUUCGGGACGGUGCGCUGGCUGCGCUCCGUAGCCAAGGGGCAGCAGGGUCAGGCCCACCCCCAGAGCCUCUCUUGCUCACUGGAGACUUCGUGGAGUGGCUGCUACAGCUCAGUGUCUCCCAGCUGGGCCCAGCCUCGGGCUUCCAGCGCCGAAGGACUGCCCUGCUCCUGCUCACGGCCCUGCUGGUGACGUGCACGGACAGCUGGAGCCCUGAGCGGAAGAAGGGGCAGCCUCCCCCCAACAUGGCGGCUCUGCUGACCUGGGCCAGGCGCAGCGGCCACUGGGACUUCACCUCAAGGGCCACCUUACUGGCCUUGCUCAGUUGCCUUCAGGACGGCACCGGUGAGAUCCGGGAGCCAGCUGCCAGCCUUCUGCUUCUCUACUUUCCUCCUGCUCUGCCCAUAGACCUUGCUGGAGCCCUGUUGGAGCGGGCAUGCCAGGCCUUGAGCAGUGCCCGUGGGCAGGAGGUGGAAGCUGGGGCCCUCAUGAUGCAGACUUUGCUGCAGAAAGUGGACAGCGACACCCUCCAGAACAUAGUCCCCAGGCCCAAGGAGGAGGGCCCAGUCCUGGGCUGCCCCAGCCUCAUUCUCAUCUCCUACCUUCUCCGACUGCUGCAAGAGCGUCUCACUGCAGCCCAGCAAGACCUGCUUCAGGCUGCCUGUCUCCAGCCGCUCCAUGGACCUCUGUGUGCCCUGCGUCGAUGCCUCCUGGAGGCCCCCUGCACGGGACGGUCCAUGCGGCAGGCCUCUACGCAGGGGUCCUGGCAGGAGCUGCUCUUGGCUACCGUGAAGACGCUGGCUGAGGUGGCCUCCUUUCUCCUGGCCGUACUGCAGGGUUCUGGAGAAGAUUUGCAGCCAGCAGCUGCUGCACCUUCCCUGGCCAACAUGGGUUUGGCCAUCAAUGCUGCUGUGUGGCAAGGCAGAGCUGCGGGCCUGAGGUCUGAAGAGGAGGAGGAGGAGGAGGAGGGAGAGCCCCCGCUCUUGCUGUCCGAGGAGCAGGGAUGCAUUCUGACCUGUUGCUGGAUCUCCGCAAAGGAGAUCGGCCUGCUUCUGGGAGGCCUGGCCGAGAAGGUCCUGCUGCCGGCCCUGCCAGCCACUGACUCGAAGCUUCCUCUUUUGCCUGUGGAAGGCUUGCAGACCAUUGUGGCCACCCUGCAGGGGCUGCUUCUCAGGUGCCGCCACUGGGGCGCUCUGGAGGGCUGUGCUGCCGGCCUCACCACGGUCUGCAGGGCAUUGCUGAGCCAGCCUGACCCAGAACUGCAGGAACUUCCCCAGCAGCUACUGUCGCAGGGCCUGGAAUUGCUGAGUGGUCCACGGAACAGCUCCGUGACACGCCGGGCGGCGGGGUUCCCCCUCUUCAUCCAGUGCAUUGUGGCAGGGGAGCCACCGACUGGUGCCCGGCCCCUGUUGACCUGCUGUGUGAGCACGCUGCUUGAGCUGGCCAGGAGGCCCCUGCCUCAGGUCUGGGACCAGACGCUGGACCUGCCACAGGUCUCUGCUCUGCACGUGCUCCAGGCCUUGGUGCGGGGGGCUGGCCUGGGAGCCCCGACGCUGGAAUGGGCCGCUCCUCUUCUCGAGCUGUGUUUAGGGGCACUGGGCUCCCCUUGCUGGGCCAUGAGGAACGCUGGCACCCAGCUCUUUGGUGCCCUGAUAGGCCGACUUCUGGGUCAGAGCCUGAGCCGGGAGGACAGUGGCUCCCACAAAGGCCUGAGCCCAGAAGCUUUCUUCACCCUGUACCCUCCUCUGGAAGCUGUUCUCCUGGCCCCACUGCUCUCUUCCCUGGGGGCCCCAGGGGACAGCUGCCUCCACCCUGCCCUCCACGCCGUCCUCACCCUCCUGGCCAAACUCCAGCCUGGCACAGAGCAUCUGACCAGCCGCACGGCCCGGUUCCAGGAGCGGCUGCUUCAUCUCUCAGCGAGUCCGGUCUAUGCCACGCGGGCAAUGUCCGCCCGUGCCCUGGUGCCCUUUGUGCCUCUGGCGGAACUGGAGGACGUCCUGCUGCUCCUGCUGAGGGGACUAGCGGAGCCUGGCCCCCACAACACACUGCAUGGGCGGCUGCUGCAGGCCCAGGCCCUUCUGGCCCGGGACGGCGCCUGCCGGGCCUUCCAGGGCCUGCAGGCUGUUGUGCGUCAGGUGGAGGCCGUGUUCUGGCUGCUCACGCCUGCCCAGCGCUGCCCACUGAUCCGCUCGGCCUACUUGCGGCUUCUCUCCCUGCUGACCGGCGGCUGCAGCACAGACUUCCUGAGGCAGGUUGAGGCCGCUGUGGCCCAGGAGCUGGGCCCCUGUGGGCCAGAUACUCAGGUGGGUGCCAGCGUGCUGCGACAGGAGAGUGCCAGAUUCCUCUGCAGGGAGGCUGGGAGGCUGGCCGAUCCCAGCCGGACCCAGGCCCUGGGUUCCCUGCUGCGAGGGCCAGACCCGGAGGUGCGCCAGGCUGUCCUGGCCUGGGUGCUGGAAGAAGGGGGCCGCUGCAAGCCCGUGGCCGGCAUUCUUCGGGCCCUGCUGCUGGAGACCCUGUGGCCCGUGCUGCAGGACGGAGGCAGCCCCGAAGGCCUGAAGCUCCACCUGGAGGCUUUGGUGCACCUGCAUGAGGACCCCUCUGCCCGCACUGACCUGCUCUCGCCAGCCCCGCCUCCAGCCUGCCUGGAUAGACUGCUGUCCCUGGUGGAGAUGGCCGGCGCCAGCCCCACCCUUCUGGGCAGGGCGCUGUGUGCCCUCAGCUUGCUCCUGGCCCUGGGGCCCGAGGACCUUCCUGCCCUGGGCCGCUGGAGCCUGGUUCUCGAACGUUGGAGUGAGCCCCGCACCGGUGAGGAUCUGAGACUGGCGGCAGCGCAAUCCCUCCGCCUGGCCGGGGUGCGGGUAGUGGUCAGAGCCUGGGCAGGCCCUGGGCCCUCCCUGGCAGCCCUGGCUCUCCGGCUUCUGAACGCUGGCAUUUUCCUGCUGCAGGACGAGGACCGGGCAGUGAGGCUGGAAGCAUCCAUGUUCGCCAGUCUGCUGGCCCAACAGAUGGGAGGCCAGCCCUGGGAGGCUGGCACGACACUGCAGGCCAACCAGGGGCUGCUCAUUCUGCUGCAGGUCAUUGGGACACACUUUGGGGCCUGUGAGGACACCUGGCCACUUCUGAUGCUCCAUCUCCCCCAGUGUGAUCUGGAGGGCCUCCUGGAGGAGGUGGGCGCUAGCCGGCCCCCCAGCCUCUAUGAAGAGGAUGGAGCCAACUUCUUUGCAGAGCCAGCUGUGUUUGCCCAGAUCCUGCUCCCCGUCCUGCUCCGGCUACUGGACAGAGCUGAGGAUGGAGCGCCCCUCAGGGCCCAGGCCCAGCGGUGGGCAGUGGCUCGGGCCCCCCUGGUCCUCCAAAGCCUCCGGCACUGCUGCCUUUGGUGGAGUCAAGACGAUGCUGGUGCUCUGUUCCUGAAGGCCCUGGGCUGCCCCAAGGUUCACACGGCCCUCACUGUGCUGCUGGUAGAGGCCGAGCUCUUGGUCCGGGUCCUGGAGGCCCCGCAGGCCAGUGGGGCGAUGGUGCCCGGAGUCGGCUGCACUUCUCAGGAGCUGAGACAGGCCUGGGGGAGAGCUCGGGCCCUGCUCACCCAGCACGGCAUGGCUCCCCAGCUGAAGGAUGGCAGGAGACCAGGGCUGGCCGAGAGGCCACGCGCUCUUGUCGAUGGCUCCAGGUGAUUGCCGAAGAGCACAAGGGCUGCCGUGCAUCCUUGGCGGCCCGACGAGGAUGCCUGGGACAGUGUGCGCCAGACAGAGCCCCCCAGGGACUUCUCUGUGGCCCCGAGCACCUCCCCCAUUUGGGGGGGGCGCCCACCUGCUUUGAUGUCCCUCCCCCUCCAAAGCCUCCCGGGACAGAGGCCUGGAGCUGGGGCUCUGAGCUCAUCGGAGAGUUCUGUGGGUCACAGAACAUUAGCCUGGAAGGGACCUUGGAAACCAGUUGAUCCAAGCCCCUCAUUUUACAGAGGAGGAAACUGAGGCCCAGGGAGGGAGGGGAAGAGGCUUGUCCAAAGGUCAUGCACUGAGUGACUGAGCUCUGUCAUUGAUGAUGAUCAAUCAAUCAACAAUCAAUAAACAUUUAUUAAGCGCCUACUAUGUGCUACUACAUGAUGGUGAUGACAUUCCCAAGGUUAGAAAGGGCUCAACUCACAGCCGCCCUGGGACGUCUGUCGGUGGCUCAUGCUACUCUGAUCACCCCCAUUUUGCAGAUGGGGGAGCUGAGGCUCAGUGGGUACAACCAUUUGUCCACAAUCACGGAGGUUGUCCGUGUUAGAGUUAGAAUGUGUGUCCAACUGAAAAGCCAGCGCCCUCUCCCUUAUGCCCCAUGCUGUCCAGGCUUCGCUUCCUCCCAGAAAAUGGGAUUAUCUCAGGUUCCCUCCUGGCCCUGACAGUCCAGGUCCUGAGGCCUCUCAAGGCUCCGUCUGGGGAAUGGAGGGAUCGUAUGAGGUGAUCUCUAAGCACCGUCCAGGUUCAUCAUUGGGUGAUACUGGCCGGGCGAAGCAAACAUGUGCAUGACUCGGUGUUCCUGCAGAGACCACCUGGGUUCAGAUAGAAGCAGCUCUUUCCUGGCCCUCCCCCCACCCCUAAAUCUGA